GUCAAUCUCAAUCAUGACUUAUUAUUUAUUUUAACUGAAAUAAAAAUUCUUUACUGCGUACCUCCUUUAAUUACUUCCUAUUUUUGUCAUAAUUUUAUUCGUCAUUCUCAUUUUUAUAUAAUAUCAUAAAAAUUAGAAACUUCUUCAAUAAUUCAAGUAUACUUAUAUUUAAAAAAUCUAGCUAUGGCAAGCUAUUUUGAUGAACUCCAUGUUGAAGAAGACGAAAUGCCUACUGUUCGAUUAGAACGCUUAACGAGAGAAACAUUUAGAAUGCUGUUUGACCACGAUCCAGCACGAUACGGUGACAUUAUCAAUUUUCAAAACACACCUCCUGCAUCAAAAUCAGAAAUAGAAAAACUGAAAGCACCUUCAUUCGAGGAGCUAAUAGAUGAACAAUGUCGAAUCUGUUUAUCGCAAUAUCAACUGAAUGAUAAAGCACUAAACAUGCCAUGCAAUCAUAUAUUUCACGAAAAUUGUUUAAAAACAUGGCUGGAAAAAAGUAAUUUUUGUCCGCUUUGUAAGUUUGAAUUGAAGACUGAUAAUGAAAUGUAUGAAUUGUAUAAGCAAGAAUUGAAAAAUCGACAAUCAAGAGAAGAUAACAUUGCCCAACUUCACGAUUCUAUGUUUUCAUAAAAAUUAUAAACUAUAAACAAUAACCACUCAUAGCGUGUAUAACAUAGGUACUUAUUUUACAUGUUACAGUUAAUACAGACAUCUUGCAUAAGUUAGGUGGUUAAAAAUUGGGAUUUUGUGUUUUUUAUAGGGACGUUAAGAUUUAUAUUGUGUAUGAUUACCUAUUAUAAACUACGUUACAAUAUUCCAGAUUAUCAUAAGUCUAUUACUAACUUCUUUUUAAAAAAUCUCAUUUCAAAUGAAAUUUAGCUUUAAGUUUUUUAUUUUAUUUAUUUUUUUUUUUAUUAAGAACUGUAUUUAAUUCUAUACAUUUAUUUCCAUAUUAUUAUAAUCAUUAUUAAUGAAUUUAAUUAUUU